UGCCCGGCCGGGCCCUCCUCACCUGCCCAUCCCACCUACUCACCCCCUGCACCUCCCUUCCCAACUCCGGGGCCAUGGAGAUGGACGUCGAGGGAGGAGGGCCAGAGAGGAACGAGGGGAUGCAGAACAGGAACGACGAGAUGCAGGACAGGGACGGAGCGGCCGCUGCCGCGCCCUCCGGAGCAGCCCAACUUGGCGGCGCACCCCGCGCCGUUGCUGCCCCGGGGGGCGCCGCAGGUGCUGGGCCCACUCUUCUACAGGAAGGUGUUCGACAGGGCAGAGAGGCUCCACUACAUGACGAGCGAUCGUCGCAUCCACGUGGCGAUGCUGUAUCGGCUUUGCCGCAGGCUGUCGGAUGCCCUCGGCUCGACAGAGAUGCUGUUCGACCCCAUGGAGAUCUUCGAGAAGCCGUGGGUCACGUGGGAAGACAUGCGGGGCGUGCUGGAGGGCGGCGAAUCCAAGAUGAGCGUUGUCCUCACGCGGCACCCCCUGGAGCGUGUGAACAGCGUCAUGCAGGGGGAGGGCGACCUGGACAACGGCGGCUCGUAUCUGGGACUCUUCUGGUCAGUGUUUUCUUUUAUCAUGAUACUGACGAGCAUCGCGGCGAUUAUGUACGAGGGGCUGCAGGGGUUGGGCCUCCAAACGGCGAUCGUCGUCAUCUUCACCUUCGACUACCUGGUGAAGCUCAUCUGCUCACCGUACGUUCGCGUCGCGCUGGCCAACAUCGACAUCCUCGUGGAGAAGGUCGUGCCCGACUCCGAGAGCAGCGAGCUCCAGCCACGAGAGACGACGAAGCAGCAACGCCUGUUGAGCCACCUCCUGGCCCCGAUGAACAUCGUGGACCUGGCGUCCAUCUUGCCCCUGUGGGUGGAUACCUUUGGGGCCGAGUCUGGCCUCAAGCUGGGAUUCCUGCGCAUCCUGCGGAUCUUCAGGGUCGUUCGGCUGCUGAAGGCGGGGACCUUCAGCGAGACUCUGCAGGUACUCGGCGAGACGAUACGCAGGAGCCUCAACUCCUUUGUCGUCUUGGUGAUCUGGAUCCUCAUCAUCGCCACCGUGGUCGGCACUGUCCUGAACAUGAUGGAAGAGGAGAACGGCAAGUGCGAGGACCCCGAGAACCCCGACGGCCCAAAGAUUCAUUGCAGGUGGACAUUCGACUCCGUCUCCACGUCAGUGUAUUGGGUGAUUGGGCGCCUCUGUAACAUGCACGGCAGCUUGUUGGCGGGGGGCCAGAUUCCGAAGGGGGACGCAUCUUUUUUUCUUGUCCUCUUCCUGGGCAUCCUCAAGGGCUGCUGCUUGGUCGUGCCCGUUGGGCAGAUCGCGACGGCCUUCAAAGAGGCGGACGGGGAUUUCAAGAGGGCGCAGGGCAUCACCGCACAGAUCCGUGCCGAGAAUCAUCUGCCUCUGGGUACCGAUUGGGUCAAAGAUCGCCAGUCGCCCUUCGUGUCGGUCAACCUCAUGCCUGCAGACAGUUUGGCAUCGAUCGGCGUCGCCAGCUUCAACGUACCCCUGAACCGUAGCCGAGAGCUGUCCGCCACGCUCGACGUGCCCGUGGACAGCAGGAGCAUGCGCCGGACAUUCUCUUCCGUCAGCCCGUGCAUACGAGUCAUCAGGGAGUCGCCUGGGCCCCGCGCGAGGACUUCCGGAGCGGCAGCACCGCCUGCCCCGCGGGCACGCUCACCCUGGCGCUCCUGGGGGGCUCCGGCUUCACGGCGGCCCGGAAGGGCAGUGGCGGGUGAGGUUCCGUGUCCCCGUGGGUCUCCACGGCGAGGGCGCCAUGCAGGAG